GGUCGAGUUGACUAACGAAAUUUAACAAACGAAUCUUAUACUGCUAAUUUACAAUGAGUUCUGCCUCACCUGUUAUUAUUAUUACCGGCGCCUCGAAAGGUAUUGGUAAAGCUGCUACUAUAGCUGCUUUGGAAAAAUUCAACGCUAGAGUGGUUGCGAUUGCACGAAGUGGAGAUUUGCUCAAUGAACUCCAUGAACACGUGUCUAAGGUACUGAAUAAGGGUGACCAACUCGAACUUGUUGCUGGUGAUGCUACCAAUAAAGAUAUCGUCCAAAAAGCAGUUGACACAGCUGUUCAAAAAUGGGGCCGCCUUGACUCUGUCAUUGCUAACGCUGGUGUUCUUGAGCCAGUGGCUACAGUUGCAGAGAGUUCUAUUGAGGAUUGGAAAAAGCUUUUCGAUGUCAACUUCUUUUCAGUUAUUCUAUUAGCCCAAAUUGCUCUACCCCACUUGCGUAAGGCCGACAACGGUUCCAUUGUUAUUGUUUCUUCAGGAGCUGCCUUGAAAGGUUAUAGAGGUUGGGGUGCCUAUGGAUCGUCUAAAGCCGCCAUUAACCACUUGACAAAUACUUUGGGCGUAGAAGAGCCCAAUGUCACAACGGUUGCAUUAAGACCUGGUGUUGUCGACACGGGAAUGCAAGAUACCAUUCGUGCUGUUGGUGCAGAAGCAAUGAAAGAUGACCAUGCCAAGUUUGUCGACCUUCAUCGUGAGGGCAAAUUAAUUGACCCCAAGACGCCUGGUCAUAUUUUGAGUGCUUUGGCCUGCAAUCCUCCUAAAGAACUUUCUGGUCGCUUCUUCAGUUGGGAUGACAAUGAAAUGAAGCCUUAUCAGCCCUCUGUUUAACUUUCUAGAUGAUACAUUUUUGUUCCUUUAAAUUAUUAAAGUGUAUUUUGUUCUCUUGGCUGUUACUAUUUCCGACACAAAUGGAGCUAUUAUAACUACUGCUUGAUGCUUA